GGAUUCUUGCUGUUAUUUUGGUUCAAAAGCGACGGUUAAAAACGUCUCCGCCACGUGACCGCCUUUUUUAAAUUCGAUUGGUUAAAUCGAGUGAGUCAUGAACAGUUAACGACCAAUCAGGAUGAAGAUCUCCAGCGCCAAAGUCAAUUCAGUUUGAAAGCGGCGGUGUGACAGGAGGCGUGAGAGAGAACUGAGAGUUAUAUUACUAAUAUAUUAUACGUUUUUAGAAGAUUGUUCUCAGAUAUUAUUUUCGUGAAUCUUCAGGAGUCGAGCUUCAGGUGAUCAUCUAUCAGAGGAGGAGCGAGUGAGAAACGGCAGAAUGGACACGGCGGUAAAACAGAGUAAUAAGGAAAACUCCAAACCAAAAAAUACAGUAUCCCGAAAUGUCACGUUAAAACAGAAGCUGAUGAGACCCGUGCCGCUGCAGUCCAAAAACGUCCCGAAGGAGGAACCCACAGGAGACAAGGUCAGACCUAAAACUCAGGUCAAACCAUCCAACGAUCCGAAUCCCACGCGGAAAAAAACGCUGAGUCAGUCUUUUCGCACCCAACAAACCCUGAGACACAAGAAACUGGUGCUGGAAACCCAAAAGCCUCCUUCAUCCGUCCCUCCUAAGCCCCUUCUCCCUGGCACCUACAAAGGCAGGGUGGUCCAGUCCAAAAUCGACUGCUCUAGGAAGCCUCAGAGUGAAGCAGAGAAGCGAAGAGAAGAGAUCAAGCCCACAGGUCAGACUGUGUUUCCUUCCAAAUCGGCCACAGUGCUGUCUGCUUCCUCGAGAGCAGGAGUCCAGACUCGUGUGGAGAGCAGAACAAAGUCAGGGUCAGAUGGACGGGUAAACAUGCAGAAGACGGGACCUCAAAGACCGAUACAGAGCAAAGCUCCAGCUAGGACAGCUACCGUCUCCACCAGACCACCUACCGUCUCCACCAGACCACCUACCGUCUCCACCAAACCAUCUACCGUCUCCACCAAACCACCUACCGUCUCCACCAGACCAUCUACCAAACCAUCUACUGUCUCCACCAAACCCCCCACAGUCUCUAAAACCACCAAACCAUCUACCAUUUCCAGGAAACCAGUUACGAUGUCCGCAAAACCACCACCAGUGACCUCAUUUAUCAAGAAGAGGGAACCAUCAAAACCUGCUGCAGCUGCUAGUGAGCAAAAACCACUGAAGUCCAUCACAAGCUCCAUCAGCCAGUACAGAGUCUGUGUGGAAUCCACUGAGGAGCGACGGUUGAAGUUGGCAGAGUGGUUGGCGUCGAAGGGGAAAACUCUAAAAAGGCCAGCGAUGACAGAAAAGUCAGCGGCUCAGACCUGCAGACCUCUGCCCAGUGCAGCUCAGCUCAGUGGUGAAGCUGAAGCUCAGCCUGAAGCAGUGAAGCCCAUCAAAGCAGAUCAGACCAAUGUUUCUCAGAGCGAACCUGCAUUCUCCAACAGCCCGAGUCAUAUCCUGAACAUCACGCUGGACCUGCUGGAUAACUCCGACUCAGAACCUGCAGAACUCGAGAUCGAGAUGCAAUCGUUGGUGGUGAACCUGUGUGAGAGAUUGGAGGCGAUGGAAACUCCAUCCUCAUGUGAGAGCGCAGACAUGAAGGCAGGAGGAAGCGUCGAACCUGAGGUGAAGGUAGAAGAAGAAACACCUGAAUAUGAGAUUCUGGAGGAGGAAGAACUGACUGCAGUGGAGAAGGAGAAGAAAGAGGAGGAGGAUGGAGAGGAAGAUAAGAACACUAUCACGCUUAAAGCGGAGGAAGAGAAGAAACCGCUGGAAAGCGACGAAGAGGAUGAAGAAGAGGAGAAGAUGGACUACACACCUGCAGAUGUUCUGGAUGCGUGCGUUGUGAAGUACAGCGUGAAAACAACACCGUUUCUCCAAAGUGUGAAGAAGAGGAUGGAGGGCGAGAUGGUUCCCGAUACUUCCGGCUCUCGCCACAAAAGUUCCAUUAAAGAGCUGAAGUUCCUGACGCCAGUGCGCCGCUCGUCUCGGAUCCACAGGAACUCAUCCCGUCUGCCGAACAUGCUGAACGAGCACGACCCCUGCGUGUCCUCUCUGUCCGAGCUCGAGCUUCUGGACGCCGCAGACUCCAACGCCUACAUCUACAGGAAGAACCCUGCGCUGCUGCAGCACCUCCCCGACCAGCGUCCCGAGCCCCAGAGCUCCCAGUGAAUCACAGCUGGACUUCUUACACACAUUUAUACCACACUAACAUCCCCAUACUGACCACUAACCUGCAGCAGAACAGAGACGAUUCUGAAUAUGUAAAUAUGUGAGAUUUUAUUGGUCCAUGUCCACCUGUAACAGAAAAGCUGGUGUUUAGAGCUGAUUGAAUUUGAAAAGAUGGAUAUAAAUAUCACACUAAAGAUGUUUUCGAUGUUCAAUAACUGAAUGUGUAAUUACAUUUAUUUUAAUGUUAAAAUGUUUGGAAAACACAAGCCCCUGAAUCUAAAACGAGUCGAGCUUUUGGAUAUGCAACAGUAUUGAAAAUCUUGUGAUUCUGAAUUGAGAAAGAAAUGGUUAUAGUUGAUUUUCAAAAAUAUAACCUGUUUAACCGUAUAUGUGAUUGUCAGGAGGACAACCAGGCAACACGAUUUACUCUGGCUUCUAACUAACCUCCAAAAGUGCUGUAUUAAUGCUCUAAAGGUGAAUCGGUACUUUAUAUCCUGCAUUAUAUCAUUAUUACAUCAUUGCAGUUCUUUAUACUGUAGAUGCGCUUUAUAAUUUUGUUUUUUUUAUGUAAAUACCAUAAACGCUCAUGUUACUUGGUUCCUUUA